AUGGAAGACCCCGCAUUGACGGCGCAAGAAUUACCAGCGCCUGGAGCUUCUCCGCCGCCGCCGGCCAGCGGCGAGACCGCGCCGUUCUCGACCUUCCGCCCGCCGACUCCCGCCAACCCAGUCCCGGCCCUCAAGGGAGCUGCGUCGGCGCCGGCCACUAUGAGUGCAGCAGAAAACGGGCAGGACGCUGCGGCAGCACAGCAGCAACAGGAGAGCGAGGGGGGUGCAGGAGAGAAGGGCGACGGCGUAGAGAACGGAGGGAAGCAAGAAGAGGAGGAGAAGGAGAAGGUGGAUGGAAUGGAGGGUCAGGAAGAGGAGAAGGUGGAUGAAACGAAGGUCCAGGACGAGGAGAAGGUGGAUGGAAUGGAGGUCCAAGAAGAGGAGAAGGUGGAUGAAACGAAGGUUCAGGAAGAGGAGAAGGUGGAUGAAAUGAAGGUUCAGGAAGAGGAGGAGGAGGAGGAGGAGGAAGUGGAAGAGAAAAAAAAGGACGAAGGGAUAAAGGCAGCCAACGAGGAGGAGCAAGAAGAAGAAGAAGAAGAAGAACAUGAUGAUGACGGAGACGAAAAUGACGAAGAGGAGGAAGAAGAAGACGAGCAGGAGGAAAGCGAGGACGAGGAGCAAGAAGAAGAGGCGAAGAAGGAGGCGAAGAAGGGAGCCAAGAGCGCCCCCAAGGGGAAAAAGGCGAAGGAGGCGGCGAAGACGCCGGCGUCUCCUUCCAGCGGACGCAAGAGGAAGUCUAUAGACAGGCUCGGCGACAACUAUGCGGCAGCGCAGGACAAGAAGUCGGUGGAGAUCGCUAAGGGCGCGGGCUCGGCUCUCGAGGACAUCCCCAACGUUGCCGAGAAGCUGGGGCGCUUGACGAGAAAUUCGCACAUGAUCGGGCUGCUGCACAACCUUCUGUUCGGCGGAAAGAUGAAGAAAACAGAGCUGAAGGCACAGCUUCUGCAGUUCUCCGGCAUCCCGGAUGACGAAGCCCUGGACAAGGUGACCUCCCGACUGGACAGCAAGAAGUGGCCGGUCCCCAUGGUGAAGGAAGCCAUGGACCUACUCGAGGUGUCGCGCAGCUCGACAUCGUUCGAGGAGGGGAAGAACCCAGAUAGGGCCAUGCUCACGGCGAGGCUGCUCGAGUGGCUACAGAAGCCGGUUGCGUCUGCCAUGGAGCCCCCUGGGUCCAAAAACAAGGCGGCCAAAGCCAAGAAGACCGCCACUCCCGCAAAGCUAUUUCGCAACCCACCUUGA